UUGAAGUGUUUUCCUUUGCUAAAGAGGGUAAUUGGCAGCGUCCUCUGCAAGAGUCGAAUUCCCAACCUCGUUGCAAUGUCUGUGCCAACCCAGAUGGUUGAGGAGUUAAAAAACCAUCCGGGGCUAGGAAUGAAGCCAGAAUCUGGCACCCUCCAGAGAAGAGCUGGGCUCGGAGCUGACAGAUGAGAACCUGGCAGUGAAGCCAAGAGGUGGGUCCCAGCUGCCUCCUAUCAUGUUGACCUUUGGCCUCAGUACCCUCUGACGAGGGUGAUGGGUGGGGCUAUACAUAAUGGCACAUCCUUCUUCCUCAGCAUUCAGUCUGCUCUGGCUAUGGAGGGCGGGGACCAUAGAAUUCUCUAUGCUGAAGACAUAGGUUAGCCCUAUCCUCUCCCACAUAGAGGUGCUGGAGGAAGAGGCUGAGGGGGGACUCGUGCAAGGGCAAGGGCAGAGACCCAGCCUGUGGAGGAAGAGUGUGGCUGGGGCCCCAUAAAAGACCUGCGUGUCCUUGAGGUUCUUCUACCCAGAAUUCCCUAAGAGGUCCAAGGACAGAGGACGACAUGGACUGUCUUCCGGACUCAGGCCGUGGCCUCAUUCCUGCCUGGAAGACGCUUCUACUAACAGGUGCCCUGCUUGCCUCCUGCACCUGCUCUGCCACCUCCAAGCCACCCCACUUGGAAGGAGCUGGCCCCCACCUGCCUGACCCCAGAGCCCCUGAAGGAGUUCUCAGCACUUCUUGGUUCCGAGAGUUUGAAGCCCAGCCGCCAGCCUUGUCCCCUCUCAAGGGCCUCCGGGGACUUUCUCACACUAGCCAAGAGGUGCUACACACUGAAGACAGCUUGGUCAUCAGGGAUGUGUCAGCUCAAAACUCAGAGAGCCACGCUGAGGUUCUGGACGCCGUCAGGUCCCAUAGGACUGAAGUCAAGAACAGCGCCAGCCUGGUCCCACUGGUGACCUUCCCAGAGGCUUUGAAGGGCACAGUCUACAGUGACCUUAACUACUCUGUGAUCCUGCAGUGGAGGGCGAUCAUGGACCCAGAGCCUAUCCUGAGGUGGACCUUCAAUGGGAAGCCAUGCGGGACUGGGGACAAGCUAUUUAUCCGGCGACUGUCCCAAAAUCAGCUGGGCACGUAUCUGUGUAUAGCCAAGAACACAAACGAAGAGCUGGUAUCUGAGCCAGUGACCGUCUCCUUGAGCCAAGACAAUGUGGCUCCCACAGUUCCGGAUCCCACAGUUGCCUAUCCCACGACGUCAAACGACUACAUGGCGCUCUCAGGAGGACCCGCCAUCGUCCUCAUCGUAGCAGCCACACUGGGAGGCCUAGCACUGAUCGGAGCUAGCUGCUUCUAUUUAGUUCGGGAAAUUAAGAACACAUAGAGAUAAGGAAUGUGCAGCUGAGCCAUGAGCGCAUAAAUCUCUACCCAAAGCCGAUCCCAGGACAGGAGUCUCAGAAAAGGACAUGGCCCUCGUCAAGCUCCUCUUCCCUCCCAGUUGUCCCCAUGAUGUCCCCAGCUAAACAAAGCAUUUUCUGUCCUCCUGCCCACCGCCAGCAACCCAUCUUCACAGCCCACCUACUCCUGGAACACUGUCUCUAUUCUUCAGCCUCACCAAACAAAAGAAACUUCUUGGCUUAGCUGAAGGGAGGAGUGGGGUAACGGAGGAAGAAUUUAACAGAAGUCAUGAAGAUUUCCCAGAGUCCUAGCGUGUAUCUGUCAGCCUCCGCAUGGUAAUAAAUUGCCUCUGGAACUCAGCAGCGUGAAACAACAGUCAUUUGUGCAGAUUGUAAUUCUGAGGCUUGGGCUGCAAGUAGGGCUCGGCAGGAGGGGGCUUGCUGCAGCAUCUGUGGUCCAGUGGCUGUCUGGAGGGGUAGCAUCAGUGGGGACAGCUGGCACUCCUUGGUGUCCUCUCUCAAGCUCAGAAAGGCAGACCUCAACUGGUCAAGGCCUCUGGCUCAGAAAGAAGACCAUCAUUGUCUCCCCAUUGGUUGGAGGGAGUCACGUGGCCGGCCCAGUUCCAGAGGUGGAGGAGUUGGCUCCGCCUCUUCCUGCUCUCAAUUCCCUCCUUAUUACAAACUUGCUUUCCAGGAAUUCACACUCUGUGUCUUCUUCACGGUCCCCUCCCUCUUUUCUCCUCUCUCUUUGCAUUAUCCCAAAUUUCUGUCCCUGGGAGUUGACCAACUCAGCCAGCUGAUGGGCUUACUUACGACAUGCAGCAUCUGUUGGAGUGACGUUUUUGUACAUUGUGUGAAGACGUGUCUCUGUCCUUCUUUGCCUGCCCAAGGCGCCUUCUGAUUGGUUAAAGUAAAAAGCCUAUGGCCUGUAGCAAAAGGCAGGAUCGUAAGAUGGGACAUCCGGCAGAAAGGAAAGAAACUAACUCUGGGGAAGAGAGAAGCGCCAGAGAUUUGCCACCCAGACUCAAGAAGUCGGACAAAAGAAACUGAGGAGAGAUAACCAGCCAAGUGGCAGACAUAGCGUGGUAAAACGAAGUUUGGAGCUAGUUGGGGAGCAAGCCUAGUAUAAGGCCUGGCAUUUACUGGUAAACACAAGUCUCUGUGUCGUUACUCUAUCCGGAAGCUGGGGCGGGCAUAGAAAAGCCAGAAUGGUUACAGACGCACUGGUUUCCUGCUGGGAUGUGGCACAGGAACACCGAAUGCUGUCACAAAUCCUGGGGCGGCAGAGGACGUAUUGCUUUGCCUUGUAAGUUGAACCGAGCACAGAAUAUUUCUUCUGAGUGUACAACUUGUUCUUGCUUACUUUCUAAAUAAAAAAACUAGAUCGCC